CAGAAGGACGGACGCGUGAAAUGCGUGAUUCGUUUACAAUGCAAGUAGCUGCGUAAAGACGCGCUUUAGUAACGUAAAGCGCGGUUAGUUUGACACAUUUGGCUGAAGUGAGGGCUUAUGUCAGAGCAGUUUAUGAGUGUCCGUGGCUCUUUUCCCCUCGUCUCAAUUGAGUCGCUAUUUUAAGCUGCUUGUCUCCCGCACACAUGCAGCGUUUAUUCUGUCGGACUGAACCCAUCAUCAAGUUUAUGCUCACGAUGAGGAGCGCAGGAUUGAAACCCCUCACCAUGAGAAUGAAGGCAAAGCAGGUAAAUGCCGGGCCUGCUGAAUGAAGGCGAGCAGAAGCACGUGGACAUCAGAGGUUCUGUUUAACUCAUGAUGCCAACGUCCACGCGGAAGGGGGCGGUGAAAGACUCGGAGUUUGCCAACCUCUUUUUCAAAGAUGACCCAGAAGAAGUCUUCUGCGACCUGCACGAGAUUGGCCAUGGGAGUUUCGGAGCAGUUUAUUUUGCCCGAAACUCCUAUUCCAAUGAGGUGGUGGCCAUUAAAAAGAUGUCCUACAAUGGCAAGCAAACCACUGAGAAGUGGCAGGACAUCAUCAAAGAGGUGAAGUUUCUGGAACAGCUGCGUCAUCCAAACACCAUUGAAUACAAAGGCUGCUACUUGAAGGACAACACAGCAUGGCUUGUGAUGGAGUAUUGUCUCGGCUCCGCUUCAGACUUGUUAGAGGUUCACAAGAAACCCCUUCAAGAGGUUGAAAUUGCUGCCAUUACCCACGGUGCCUUGCUAGGACUGGCUUACCUACAUUCCCAUAACAUGAUCCACAGAGAUGUGAAGGCUGGUAAUAUCCUACUGACAGAGCCCGGUCAGGUCAAGCUGGCUGAUUUUGGCUCUGCAUCCAUCGCCUCUCCCGCCAACUCCUUUGUUGGAACCCCAUACUGGAUGGCUCCUGAAGUGAUUUUGGCCAUGGAUGAGGGUCAGUAUGAGGGGAAGGUGGACAUCUGGUCUCUGGGGAUCACUUGCAUAGAGCUGGCUGAACGCAAGCCUCCUCUUUUCAACAUGAACGCUAUGAGUGCCUUAUACCACAUCGCCCAAAACGACUCUCCCACCUUACAGUCCAAUGAUUGGUCGGAUGCAUUCCGGAGUUUCGUUGACUACUGCCUACUAAAAAUUCCUCAGGACAGACCCUCCUCAGCAGAACUCCUGCGGCAUGAGUUUGUUAGGAGAGAUCGUCCUCUACGAGUCCUCAUAGAUCUGAUCCAGAGGACAAAGGAUGCGGUCAGAGAACUGGACAACCUGCAGUAUCGUAAAAUGAAAAAAAUCCUCUACCAGGAGAAACACAACGGCCCAAUGGGGGAGUCUCAGGAAGAGGAGGAGGAUGGCGAUCAGGCGGGCUGUAAGAUGAACAGUUUGGGCAGUAACCAUUCGAUCCCCAGCACCUCUGUGAGCACCGGCAGUCAGAGCAGCAGCGUGAACAGCCUGCAGGAGGUGCCGGACGACUCCUGCUCUGAGCUGCACCACGACUACGACAGCACCCUCGAGUCUUCCACACAACACAAAAAGGUCCCAGAUGCACAGCACGCGGAUCAUCAAUACAUCCGUGAUGACAUUCCUCAUCGGGACCACCGGUCGGACAUUCGACCGUCCUCGUCUGAGCGAGCUCAAGCUCACAACUAUAAAAACCGUGAGCGCUUCGCCACCAUCAAGUCAGCCUCACUGGUGACACGUCAGAUCCAUGAACAUGAGCAGGAAAAUGAGCUCCGAGAGCAGAUGUCGGGCUAUAAACGCAUGCGACGGCAACACCAGAAGCAGCUGAUCGCUCUGGAGAACAAGCUGAAGGCAGAGAUGGACGAACACAGACUGAAACUUCAGAAAGAACUGGAAACCCACGCCAAUAAUGCCUUCAUCGAGCUGGAGAAACUCGCCAAGAAGCACGCCAUCCAAACAGACAAAGAAAUGAAAACUCUGUCGGCUGAUGAGAAGAAGUUUCAGCAGCAGAUUGUGGCCCAACAGAAGAAAGAGCUCACCACCUUCCUCGACAACCAGAAGAAGCAGUACAAGAUGUGCAAGGAGAAAAUCAAAGAGGAGAUGAGUGAAGACCACAGCACGCCUAAGAAAGAGAAGCAGGAGAGGCUGUCCAAGCACAAGGAGAACAUCCAGCACUCUCAGGCUGAAGAAGAGGCUCAGCUCCUGGGUCAGCAGAGGGCUUUCUAUGACCGAAACUGUAGGGCCUUCAAACGCAAGAUCAUGAUCAAGAGGCACGAGUUUGAGCAGGAGCAGUUACGAGAGGAGCUAAAUAAGAAGAAAACCCAGAAGGAAAUGGAGCACGCCAUGUUGAUCAGACAAGACGAGUCGACCCAAGAACUUGAACACAGACAGCUGAAGACGCUACAGAAACUCCGCAUGGAUCUGAUCCGACUGCAGCACCAAACAGAACUGGAGAACCAAAUCGAAUACAACAACCGAAGAGAACGAGAACUGCACAGGAAACAUGUGCUCGAACUUCGGCAGCAGCCCAAGAACCUCAAGGCUAUGGAGCUCCAGAUAAAGAAACAGUUCCAGGACACAUGUAAAGUCCAGACGAAACAGUACAAGGCCCUGCGGCACCAUCAGCUAGAGGUGACCCCCAAAAGCGAGCACAAGACGGUGCUGAAAGCCCUCAAGGAUGAGCAGACGCGCAAACUGGCCAUUUUGGCUGAGCAGUACGAGCAGAGCAUCAACGAGAUGAUGGCGUCACAGGCGCUGCGUCUGGAUGAGGCUCAGGAGGCUGAAUGCCAGGCACUGAGGCAGCAGCUGCAGCAGGAGAUGGAGUUACUCAAUGCCUACCAGAGCAAGAUCAAGAUCCAAACCGAGGCGCAGCACGAGCGUGAACAGCAGAAGCUGGAGCAGAAAGUCUCUCUGCGCAGAGCACACCUGGAACAGAAGAUCGAGGAGGAGCUGGCUUCUCUUCAGAAAGAGCGAACCGACCGAAUCAAACAUCUCCUGGACCGUCAGGAGAGAGAAAUCGACGCCUUCGACAUGGAGAGCCUCCGCAUGGGUUUCAACAACUUGGGUGCUUUGGACUACCCUAAAGAUGACUACAGAUGAGACCAUAACACUCCAACCGUCCUCCAUCUUUCAUCCACCGUUUAUUUUUUAUUUACUUUUUGAACGAAUCUGUGUUUUUUUGUUUCGUUUUUUGCUACUGACAGUCCCAUGGUUGUCCUCUUGGCUGGUGCCUCCGCAGGCCUUACACAUUUCGGGCGCCCUCUUCUAGAAACGUCAUGCUGGAUUAAACCUCCUUUAGUUGUCUCUUUUUAUAAAUAUGAGUAUUGUAUACGAGACGAUGAAAUCCGUCACAGUGUUGAUGUCAAUGUUCUCUCGUGCAACGAUAACACUUUCAGCGCAAGUCGAAUUAAAAAAAAUUCCAAGACGAAAAGCAAUAUGAACUGGGGGGUUUGUAUUGCACAUUUUAAUCCAGACGCACGUUUGAUUUCUUUUUGCUAUUUCUUUUUCUCUUCGACAGGAUUAUUUUUCCUCUUUUAAUUCAUUUUUUCGCAGCCUCCUGCCUCUUGAAUCUCUAUUUGGUAUUUAUUCAACCAUAAAAAUAACGAAAAAUACCUUUUAUUAAAGUAUUAACGAAAUUUGAUAAAUAAAACAAUGUACAUAUUUGAUAGUUGCAUCUGCGACUCUGAGAUUCGUAUGGCUUUUUGGGUUUUGUUGGGGGGCGGGGGAGAAUCUGCAGCAUUCAUAUGAACAAUAUAUACCGUAAUUGGCACAAUGUGAAUUAUACAUAUGUGAAUCCUAUACUCGUGGUACCUGCACAAAGGGCUGUUGGGGAUGGGACGUGUAUUUUGUGUAUAGAAGGCUUUAUGGAGAACUUUUACUUAUUUUCCUAUUACAUUUUAACUGAAAUCCGAUUUCUUUUUUAUAAAUAUAUAUAUAAAUACAAACACACAUCUAUAUAAAUAUAAUAAAUGUUUCACAUUCCUCCUGCAGUCACUGGUGAAGUUGUCUCAAUGAUUUGGGUUUUUGUUUUAAUUUCCGGCGUUCCUUUUCCAACUGUGUAUUUUCUACAACGUCAGAUUAGUGGAUCAAACACUUUACUGUCGCAUGCACUUUACAGUCGUUUUCAGGUUAGGAGGCAUGAUUCCUGUCAGAGCUUUUAAUUAUAUUUGUAAAUAAAGUGCUCAUCACACAAGCAA